AUGGAUGCUUACUCGCUUCACCUAGCGAUGGCGGCGCUGUUUGGAGCGUCGUUCGUGGCGGUGUCGGCGUACUAUAUGCACCGGAAAACUCUGGACCAGUUGCUGGAGUUUGCCAAGGCGGUAGAGAGGGACAGGGAGGAUGCGGUGGACGGCGGUGACUCGCCGCAGCAUUUGAAGAAGUAUCCAUCGCGGCGGAGCCAUGGACGGAGAAAAGGAAAUAGUGGAUACUAUGGCCGGACGUCAGCCUCUUUGCCGGAUGUGAGAACGAUUUCCGGUGUAGGCGAGGUUGAGGAGAAGAGGAAUGGUCCGGUCCAUGUGGAUUCUAUUCCGGCCGGGUUGCCGAGGCUGCACACGCUCGCCGAAGGAAAAUCUGGUAGCAUGAAUUCACCCAUGAGAGCUGGACAUCUUGUUCGACCCACUUCACCUAGAUCUCCAGUUGCUAGUGCGUUUGAAAGUGUAGAAGAAUCAGAUGACGAAGAUAACCUGACUGACGGUUCUAAGCUGGAUGCUACGUAUCUUCAUACUAAUGGAAAUGCGAAUGUACCAGAUAACGUAAAUAAAAAUGGAGAACAAAUGCCUGUAGCAGCUGCAUCAAGUAUGAUUCGCUCACACAGUGUAACUGGUGACCUGCAUGGUGUUCAACCUGAUCCAGUAGCUGCUGAUAUUCUUAGGAAAGAACCAGAGCAUGAGACUUUUGUUCGAUUGAGAAUUUCCCCUGCAGAGACGCCUUCUGCUGAUGAGGUGGAAGUCUACCUGAAUCUUCAAGAUUGCCUUGAAUUUCGAAAAAGUUAUGUAUUCAGGGAAGCUGUUGCUCCAUGGGAAAAGGAAAUUAUAUCUGACCCGAGUACACCAAAACCAAACCUAUGCCCCUUUGAUUAUACUCCAGAGGGGAAAUCUGAUCACUAUUUCCAGAUGGAAGAUGGAGUUGUUCAUGUCUAUGCAAAUAAAGAUUCAAAAGAGAAACUUUUCCUCGUUGCCAAUGCCACAACCUUUUUCACUGACCUGCAUUAUAUCCUCAAAGUCAUAGCAGCUGGGAAUAUCCGAACAUUGUGUCACCGUAGGCUAGUUCUUCUAGAACAGAAAUUCAACCUUCAUUUAAUGCUUAAUGCGGACAAAGAAUUCCUGGCUCAAAAGAGUGCACCACAUCGUGAUUUCUAUAAUGUCAGGAAAGUCGAUACUCAUGUUCAUCACUCGGCUUGCAUGAAUCAGAAACAUCUCCUAAGGUUUAUAAAAUCAAAGUUGAGGAAGGAGCCCGAUGAGGUUGUUAUUUUCCGAGAUGGGACUUAUCUGACCUUGAAAGAGGUCUUUGAGAGCCUUGACUUAACGGGGGAUGACCUGAAUGUUGACCUAUUAGACGUUCAUGCUGACAAGAGCACCUUUCAUCGUUUUGACAAAUUUAAUUUGAAGUAUAAUCCCUGUGGUCAGAGUAGGCUGAGAGAGAUCUUUCUGAAGCAGGAUAAUCUUAUUCAGGGUCGCUUCCUUGGUGAACUCACUAAGCAAGUUUUUUCUGAUCUGGAAGCUAGUAAAUAUCAAAUGGCCGAGUAUCGAAUAUCAAUAUAUGGCAGAAAAAUGAGCGAGUGGGACAUGCUGGCAAGUUGGAUAAUAAAUAAUGACUUGUACAGUGAGAAUGUUGUCUGGUUAAUUCAGCUUCCAAGACUCUACAACGUGUACAAGGAGAUGGGAAUUGUGACUUCAUUCCAGAACAUUCUCGACAAUAUCUUUCUACCUUUGUUCGAGGUCACCGUUGAUCCAGAUUCACAUCCCCAGCUACAUGUUAUCUUAAAACAGGUUGUUGGGUUGGAUCUAGUUGAUGAUGAAAGUAAGCCUGAAAGACGGCCAACAAAACACAUGCCUACUCCAGCACAGUGGACCAAUAUUUUCAAUCCUGCAUUUUCUUACUACGUGUACUACUGUUAUGCUAAUCUCUAUACCCUGAACAAGCUUCGUGAGUCAAAGGGCAUGACGACUAUUAAGUUCCGGCCACAUUCUGGAGAGGCUGGUGACAUUGACCACCUUGCUGCUACAUUUCUCACUGCUCACAAUAUUGCACAUGGGAUCAAUUUGAGAAAAUCUCCCGUACUUCAAUAUCUGUACUACCUAGCUCAGAUUGGUCUGGCUAUGUCUCCUUUGAGCAACAACUCUUUAUUCUUAGACUACCAUCGGAAUCCAUUUCCACUGUUUUUCCUGAGAGGUCUCAAUGUUUCCCUCUCGACUGAUGAUCCAUUACAAAUCCACUUGACUAAAGAGCCCCUGGUGGAAGAGUACAGUAUUGCUGCUUCUGUAUGGAAGUUGAGUUCGUGUGAUUUAUGUGAGAUAGCCCGUAAUUCAGUGUAUCAGUCUGGUUUUUCACAUGCUUUGAAGGCGCACUGGAUUGGCAAGGAGUACUUCAACAGAGGCCCGGAUGGAAAUGACAUUCGCAAGACAAAUGUCCCUCAUAUUCGGCUGGAAUUUCGUGAUAUGAUUUGGAGAGAGGAAAUGAAACUUGUUUAUCUUGGCAAGAAAUACUUCAAAAUUGUAACUGUUUUACUUCCCGGAGUUGCAGGAACUGGCAAUCUGCAUUGUACUUGCUUGUCCUUCGUUAUGAAGGCGAUUAAGUUGAGCGAUAGUUUGGCUUAG